CUGCGCUUCUGGCCCCGCUGAGGACGUUAGGGCGGUGACCGCGCUUCUUGGAGAGCGGCCUUCCGCCAUUUCCGUUAGCUCGCCCCCGCUGAAGGGCUAACUCCGGUUUCCAGCGGAAGCCCAUCCCCGCUCGCAGAGGCGCUCCGUCGCGCCCUGUGCCUGGGCGGCUCUAAGGUUGAAUUCCCUCCUCCCCUUUAGCUGAGGUCCCUUGGGCGGGCCGAACGGCGUGUCGCCAUUGCGCGUCUGUAGGCCUCAGGGCCGCACCACGGGGAUGGAUUUCUUCAGGCUUUGUUUAGUAUUCAACCCCACCCACCGGAAUCUCUCUGGGCGGGCCUUCCUGUGGAGCUCGACUGUUAGGUAGUUGGGUAUAACCUAGUGCUAGAAGGUUCGAUUCUCCCCUUCGCUGUUGAGAGACUUAAACGUAUGGGUUACUGCUGGUUUGUUCCCAGAGUUUCUGGAAAUUUCCACCAUGAACAUUCCUGUCGUUUUUCUUCGCGUUUAGGCUAUUUUAGUACAGAUGUGUGUACGCCCUUCCCAUAAUAAUUCCAUAUUUCCAAGCGUCUGAGUGCAUUUAGGCAAAACAUUGUAGUACCUACUCAUACUAUAAAAGCUUUUAUAUGUCCACGCAAUUACAUAUACAUAUAUGUGUGUACACAUAUCCAUACUCAUGUGUCAACAGUAAAAAUGUAUAAGCAUUUUAUCAGCAUAUGUUCUAGGACUGAAUUACAACUGCCAAGAAAUGUGUCUGAUCUGAAUUGGAAUGUGUUACAAAUGUAAAGCACAACAGAUAUUUGAGAAUUAACACAAAUUAAAAUACCCGUUUAUAUCAGAUUUUGAAAGGACAGUAUUGGGGUGUGGCUUGGAUGUAGCUCAGUGGUAGAGCACAUAUUUUAGUAUGCACAAGACCUUGGGUUUGAUCCCCAGCACCACAUUUCUCUAAAGGAAAAAAUAUUUAGAUAUACUGGGCCAAGUAAAAUUAUAAUUAAUCCUGCCAGUUUUUAACAUGACUAUUACACAUUUUAAAAAAUUAUUUUUGUGGCUUGAAAUCUUUAUGUGGGACAGCAUUGCUCUACGAAAAGCGUUAACAAUGUCCUGUGGCCAAAUACAGACUGCCCAUUUUCUGCUUUGAAAUAGGGUCUCUUGUAGCCCUUACUGGCCUUCACCGGCUUUGUACAGUGCUGGGGGGAGGGCAAACUCAGACCCCUCUGCACGCUAAGUUAGCGCUGUGCAAACUGAGCCUCAUCUUCAGCACCACCACCCCCCCCCCCCCUCAACCAUGCAUGCCUGGAAAACAGAGGACAACUUAGAUAUCUUUCUCAAUUACUGUCCUCCCCAUUUUGUUUUUGAGACAGGGUCUGCCACUGAACCUGAAACUCACCAGUUCAGCUAGACUGCCUGGCCAGUGAACUCCAAAGGUUCACCUGUCUCCCUUCCAUUGCCGGAAUUACAGAAAAUAUCUGCUGACCUCCUGUCCUGGAACGACACCUGGACCUAGAUACAACAAGCAAGUUGCUGUACAGUGACAAGAAGUGAAACUCACACUCUGAAAGGAGAGAAAGCAUUCUGAACACGUUGUCACUUGUUUGCCAGCUGUGAAGAUGUCUGACAAAAAACAAAUCAUUGCCAGGGCUUCCCUGAUUGAGCAGCUGGUGUCUAAAAGGUAUUUUGAGGAUAUUGGCAAACAGCUUACUGAGCUAGAAAUGAUUUAUGUGUCUAAGGAGCAUCUCCAGGAGACAGAUGUAGUUAGAGCUGUAUACAGAGUCCUCAAAAACUGCCCCUCAGUGACUUUGAAAAAGAAGGCCAAGUGUCUGCUAGCCAAGUGGAGAGCUUUCUAUAAGAGUACACCCUUCAAAACAAAGGAAAGCCUCAAAUCACUCCAUUCUGAUGUUAGUAAAGAAGAAAGUGCAGCAGUUUCUCAGGAUGUGAGCCAGGAUGAGGCAUUAGGUUCUAGUCAUGAUGAGAUAUCAGGUCUCUGCAGUUCUCUCUCUAAGAUGGCAUCCCAAGAUGCUGCAAAGCCCGCUGCAGCAAUUGGGUCUGAAAGUAGCACCACUCAAAUGGAAAUUAGUGAAUAUUUGAGGGGUGAUGAUUCUGAAUCUACUAGCGAGAGCUCAAGUGUGUUACAAGAUCCCCUAGUGUCUGUUAGAUCUAAAGGUGUAGAGCUUCUUUACACAGCAUUAGCUAGUUCUUCCACAGAUCACACAAAAACUGAUUUGUGGCAGAACUUGGCAAGAGAAAUUGAAGAGCACAUUUUUACUCUUCAUUCAAGCAACAUCAAAAAGUAUAAAACUUGUAUUCGAAGCAAAGUUGCCAAUUUGAGCAACCCCAGGAAUUCUCAUUUACAACAAAACCUCCUCUCUGGAACCAUGUCUGCAAGAGAAUUUGCUGAAAUGACUGUCCUGGACAUGGCAAAUGAGGAGCUGAAGCAGUUGAGAGCUUCCUACACAAAAUCCAGUAUUCAGGAACAUCACCUUCCCAACACAGUUGAUGGUACACAGACAAAUAAAAUAAAGUGCAAGCGCUGUGAGAAAUACAACUGCAAGGUCACUGUAAUUGCCAGAGGAACACUUUUCCUUCCAAGUUGGGUGCAGAAUUCAAACCCAGAUGAACAAAUGACCUAUGUCAUUUGUAAUGAAUGUGGGGAGCAGUGGUACCAUAGCAACUGGGUGUGCUUGUAAUUUGUAAAUAAUCCCUUCAGGGGCAUGUGUUUUAUAUGUAUAACAUAGCCCUUUUGUACUCAUUUUUUACAGAAUCUUACUGUUAUUUUUGUCUUGGUGAUUUUGGUUUGUGAAAGAUCUCACUAUGUAGCCAAAGCUGGCCUCGGUCUCCUGAGUUCUGGGAUUACAGGUGUACACUACCGUAAUGCCUGGUUUGGUAUACUGUUCUUACUACAGUCCUGGGAAUAAAGAAAGAGAGUUGUUUGCCAAAGGACAAGCCGCAAUUGCUAAAAGUUGUUUGGGAAGAGUAGAAGACUAUCACGUUGUACUUUGUGGCCAUUUAGUACUUUAAUCGGAAUGGCACUGUAGCUCCACACAGCCUGAAAGCAUGUUAGAGAGGCAGAUUCUCUAGCCCAAUACUCCUUGAGUCCUUAUGUGCAUCUUGGCAGAAUCUCCAGGUCAUCCUCUGGGAUACUUUGAGAAGCACUGAUAUAGCUGCAGGCCUGGGGGUCUCAGGAGUAAAUAUACAGUAGAGUUUUCUGGUUAGCAUUGAAGUAUACUGGUACCGAGAGGCAAGCCUGAACCUAUGGCAUGGGACCAAGGCAUCAACAUUGCUCUGGUCAUUUCUCAGUUUACUUUAAGUUGCAGUUAGAGUUGAGUCUCUCAUUUGAGCCUUUCUAUAGUUCUGAAGAAAUGAAUGUUGUUCUGGAGACUUUACAUAUGAGGAAAGAGGCCCACAGAGCUUCAGUGGCUUAACCAGGUUAUAUAACUAUAGGUAAUCUGCCUCACACUGAUCCCAUAUUUUCCAGCUUCCUUCUGAAGCAAGUGUGAUGGCACAUGCCUGUAAUCCAAAUGCUAGGGAGGAUGAAGCAGGAUUUAUGUGAGUUCAGGGACAGUUUAGAUUGUAAAGUCCCUGUCUCAAAUAUAUAUAUAUUAAAAGAGCAUUGUGGUGGUUCAAGCCUGUAAUCCUAGCAUUGGAGAUCCUGAGGCAGAAUCCCAUGGUUGAAGCUAGCCGGGAUUAUGUAGAGAAACAAUGCCAAAACAAAAAGAUGCAAAGUCUGAGAACGUCUUAAUACUGACUUUACAAAAAGUGUACCUCUGGAAAUGGGUGCUAAGCAAAUAGCGUUUGGAGCCUCUAAGUUUACAUGACUAGAGUUUUAUCCUUUUGUCUUUAAUUUUCUUGUUUUUACAAGUCUGUCUUUAAAAAAGUUGCACUGUAAGUUAGAAUUUGGCUUAGAGCUAUGCAUUUUUUCCUUUGUGUGAGCUCUUCAUAAAGUCUUUAUGAUACAUAGUUUCUUAUUGUUAGGAAUCUUCCAUGUCUUCAAAUGCAUGUGUAUUAAAAAUCCUGUUUAUAUGAAAAUGGUGCUAGUUGUCAGAGGAGGUUCACGCCCUCCGCCUUUGAAUUUAUCAACAUUUAUUUACCUAUUAACUGAAGAGGAAAUCACUUCUCUAAGGCCUUUGCGAACAGUGUUUACUGAUUUGUAUGCAUAAUUUUAUGCGAUUAUGACUAUUUUUUUCCUUUAAAAUGAUAGAAUAUUUGUUAUUUGGAGUUUUGAUUUUUUAACAUAUAAAACAAUUUUAGGCAUGAUCCACACAGAAGCUUGGAUAUGUACUCCUUUUACAGUUUAGUAGGUGUUUAGAGACACAUUUUUUUCUUUUGUUGUUUGACAGAGCCAUGUGAGUAGUUUCUGUUUUUAUAAGACUGUCUCCACUCUGUAGCCCAAGCUGGGCUUGAACUCACACUGGCUAACCUCAAUCUCUGGAGUGCUGUGGUUUGGGGUAUAAGCUACCAUUCAUUGAUUUUUAUCAUAUUAAAGAGUAUAUUUCUUAGUUCCAUGUAAACUCACAUGUUUUCAUCAGUUAUUGUUCCUUAAAUCCCCAGUAUUCCUUCAAUAGAAUCUAUAGGCUUUUUCUGUAUAUUUUACCUCCUCAUGACAGUUCCCCAACAGAUGCAUAACACUAACAUGCACUUCUAUUUCAUAUGUUUUAAAGAAACCAACUUGAGGCUGUCAAAUCUGAAUUACAUUUUGUUGUAUUUUCUCCAUUUUGCAUUCCAGGGCUGUUCAUCGUAAUGCAAUGUGUUAGUCCUUUAAACAGAAAUUUACAAAGUCAUCAAAAACUCAAAAGUUUCACAAAGUGUGGUUUCAUGUGAUUUGGAAUGAUCUUAAAACCUGGAUGGUGGUUAUAUGAGAGUACACACAGCACAUGAAAACCAAGUUUAAUUUGUUUAAGUUGGUGUUGGUAUUGGGGUUUUCUAUGUAUCUGUGUAUGAGUAUUUGUAUUGAGAUUUUGUAACCUACAUUUACCAAAAAUAAAAGCACUCAAAAUGGAAAAAUC